CAAAAGUCAUAACCAUACAAAAAGACCCUAAACCCCCACUGUUCUUAAAACCCUCAAGUCUUCUACCAUUUAGGUUUUUCAAAGCGCCCCUCAUCUUUUCUGCUCAGCUCCACCGAAGCACUCUCUCUCUCUCUCCCCUCUUUCUCUCGCCAAUGGCUACAAUACCAGUCAACCCGAAACCUUUCUUGAACAAUCUCACUGGGAAGACCGUGUUCGUGAAGCUUAAAUGGGGAAUGGAAUACAAAGGUUUCCUUGUCUCUGUGGAUUCCUAUAUGAAUUUGCAGUUGGCGAACACUGAAGAAUAUAUUGAUGGACAAUUUACUGGAAAUCUUGGGGAGAUUUUGAUCAGGUGCAACAAUGUUCUCUAUCUUCGUGGGGUGCCUGAGGAUGAAGAAAUUGAAGAUGCUGAACAGGACUGAGAUGUUAACUUUGUAGGAGUGGCUUUGGUUCUAAAAACAGAAACUCAGUAAAAAUCAGUAUUUUGUAUCUUUAUUAUCUGUAGUGUAUUUGAAGGUUCUAUCUGAUGUUUGAUCGACAGGCCUGCGACAUUUAAAAGGCUCUAAUUGACAAAUGACUCAAAGUUUGAUGCUCUACAAGAUUCUCUAUUUUCCUAUUA